UUUCGGUUUUUGAAUUUUCACUCAUUCUCUCUUUCCCACACCAACAGCUAUUUCUGAAACGUUUAACAGCCCCGGCAAGAAGGAGAACCAGAGCUAUUCUGAUUCUCUUUCUGCCGUCCCCUCUCUCCUUCUGUGCGCGGAGUUGGCACAGCUCCAUGCGCACUGUCGUGUGCCUGACUGUCUGCGCGUCUCACCCUUGGCUAGUUACACAUUCCUGCGAAGAAACACGGACAGUGUAUAUGUGACUGUGUGCAAGGGGGUGUACAGCACGGUGAAAUGUCUUAAUGCAUUGUUCGAUGGAGCUGGGUGUCCAUUGCGCUGAAGGAGUCUAAUUUUCGGACACUUAUGGACUGAGCAGAGGUUAAAACUGAUCUCGCAACAAAACAGAUAAAGAAAGAACCACAAUGGACGCAGAAAGUCUUAUUCAACACAUCGAGCGAGACAUGGAGGCUACUUCGUCACCGUUAUCAAUGACCACUGACUGGUUGGACGACGGAAACGAGACGACGGGGAAUCAAUUCCAGCAGCCCGGCUGGCAGGUGGCUCUCUGGGCCAUAGCCUACUCCCUCAUCAUCUUGGUGUCCGUCACUGGGAAUGUUACUGUGAUCUGGAUUAUACUCGCUCACAGACGCAUGAGGACUGUAACCAAUUACUUCAUCGUCAACCUGGCAUUUUCUGACGUCUCCAUGGCAACAUUUAACACCCUUUUUAACUUUGUCUAUGCGCUUCACAACGACUGGUACUUUGGCCUGGGCUACUGCAGAUUUCAGAACUUCUUCCCCAUCACGGCCAUGUUCUCCUCCAUAUACUCUAUGGCAGCCAUCGCAGUGGACAGGUACAUGGCAAUCAUUCACCCUCUGAAGCCUCGCCUGUCUUCCACCUCUACAAAGGUUGUGAUCGCUCUGAUAUGGAUUGUGGCAUUCUCACUGGCUUUCCCUCAGUGCUACUACAGCGUGACGAGAUUUUAUGACCCCAGAACCGUGUGCAUGGUCGACUGGCCUGAUGAUUAUGGAGGAACACACCAGCUGAGUUACCAGUUUUCAGUGAUUUUGCUGAUCUACUUGCUCCCUCUCCUGGUGAUGCUGGUGACCUACAGUUUAGUGGGUCAGUCUCUGUGGGGUGGGCACAUCCCUGGAGAGGCGACAGAACAUUACCACAGCCAGAUAACAGCCAAGAGAAAGGUGGUGAAGAUGAUGGUCGUCGUCGUGGUGACCUUUGCCCUCUGCUGGCUGCCAUACCACAUCUACUUCAUACUGGGAUCAUUUAACAGAGAAAUUUAUAACCAACAUUACAUUCAACAGGUGUAUCUGGCCAUAUUCUGGUUGGCAAUGAGUUCAACGAUGUACAAUCCGAUUAUUUAUUGCUGCCUAAACCAAAGGUAA